CCGUGCACGUGCACAGCUCUUUUGCUUGACCGCGCUCCCCUCAAAGUGAACGCGCACUACAGCGCGUCGCCGCCUCCCUGCUGUUGGUUGUCAGUGUACAGACAUGGCCGCUCUCAGUAAAAUACCACACAGCUGCUACGAGAUUGGUCAUACCUGGAACUCGUCGUGUGUGCUGUCUGCUGUGGAUGUAGCCAGAGGUGCUCUGGAGGUCUCCUUCAAAAUAUACGCACCUCUUUACCUGAUAGCAGCAGUUCUAAGGAGAAGGAAGAAGGAUUACUAUUUGAAAAAGCUUCUCCCAGAGAUCCUGUGGUCUAGCUCUUUCCUCACUGCCAAUGGAGGUCUCUACAUUGUUUUCUUCUGCAUUCUCAGGAAACUGUUGGGAGGGUUCUACUCCUGGUCUGCCGGGUUUGGCGCCGCUCUGCCUGCCUCCUAUAUUGCCAUCCUGCUGGAGCGUAAGAGCAGGAGAGGGCUGCUGACGAUAUACAUGACAAAUCUUGCCACUGAGACUUUGUUUCGUAUGGCGGUGACACGAGGACUCGUCAAACCCAUCAGACACGGCGAGGUGCUCUUGUUCUGCAUAACUGCUUCACUCUACAUGUUCUUCUUCAGGAGUAAAGAUGGUCUCAAAGGUUUUGCGUUCUCUGCAUUAAAGUUCAUCAUCGGGAAAGAAGAGAUUCCUACUCACUCUGUCAUGGCAGAACAAGUCUGCACAAGGCCCCUUGAGAGGACAGCUGCUAUAGAGACCGAGGAUUCACAGGUGUCGGCAGAAGGGCCCGGCUCCAGGAGGAAAACUCUGGUAGCCUACACCAGGGAACUGCUAGAAUCAAUAUGCAAAAAGGGUCCAAGACACAGAUGUUGUAAACAUUAUCAAGACAACUGCAUUUCCUACUGUGUGAAAGGAUUUGUCAGGAUGUUCAGUGUUGGCUACCUGAUUCAGUGUUGUCUUAAAGUGCCUUCAGCGUUCAGGCACAUUUUUACUAAACCCUCACGGCUGCCCUCCCUCUUGUACAACAAGGAGAACUUCCAGCUAGGGGCCUUUCUAGGAUCUUUCGUCAGUAUCUACAAGGGUACAAGCUGCUUGCUGCGCUGGCUGCGUAACAUUGAUGAUGAACUCCAUGCACUGAUAGCUGGCUUCCUGGCUGGCACCUCGAUGUUCUUCUACAAAAGCACGUCAAUAUCCAUGUAUCUCUUCUCUAAGCUGGUGGAGACCUUGUACUUCAAGGGCAUUGAGUCCGGACGGUUCCCUUACUUUCCUCAUGCAGACACGGUCUUAUAUGCCAUCUCCACUGCAAUCUGUUUCCAAGCUGCUGUGAUGGAAGUGCAGAACCUCAGGCCUACAUACUGGAAGUUCCUGCUGCGUUUAACUAAGGGCAGAUUUGCUCUGAUGAACCGACAGUUGCUAGAUGUGUUUGGGACUCAAGCCUCCAGGGACUUUAAAGGCUUUGUGCCCAAACUGGACCCUCGCUACACCACGGUGCUUCCACCUGGGGCCAACAUCCAACUCGGUUGACCUGGGACCAGGCUAUGGGAGGGGAUUUUAGGGUUAACUCAACAGGAAAUGGACAGUUUGUCUGUUAUUCCUGAGUAACUUAAGGAUCUUUUUAAAGGUGUUAUAACAGCUGAGGUGGGAUAUGAUUUGGAGGACGUAGAAGCCCGAGAUCUGUCCAAAGCAGGGCGUCAUGAGUGUCAAGUAUGGUGCUGCACAUUUACUGACUGGGAUUGUGUGAAAACAGGUAACUGGUAAAAUAAAAGAAGCGUAUAUUAAUAGAAGUAUUUUUAAGUCCUAAUGAAACCCUUAACAGUACAAGAUAAAUACAAAUAAUAAGGAAGCAAUCUAAAUUAUUUAUUUAUAUCAAGUUGUCAGUUUGAAUUUGGAACGGGUGAAUCUGUUAAUCAAAGUACGGAUAGUAGUAUUAUGGUAUAUGUAACCUUUUAAAGGGUCAAAUCCCGAAUAAACCCAAAAAUAGGUUUAUUAGAAAAUAAAAAUGAUUUCCUAUUUGCUGCAACAACAUUCCUUUUAUCCUUUUAAUCGUAACGUUUCUUCAUUUUGGAAGUUACCUGUAGGUUUGUACUGACUGAACUCAGUUUGGUUGUGUGGAAGAUUGCUUUCAUGACAGCUUGAAACUCACCAACUAAUCUUUUUGAAAUGGGCACUGAUACCUGAUUUUGACUCUGAUUUAAGAGGAGAAAGAACUUUUAUCUCCCUGAUCCUUUCUGAAUGCGUACCUUUUCAGUGGGGGCAACUGAUGAUAUAUUAUUAUGUAGCCUUAUCAAAUAUUCUAUUCUAUAGUAGACAAUAAGAGAUGUAUUUAGAUUGUGAUCUAUGGCCUGAAACAGGUGGGAUGUCACCAUUUACAGUUACUUAAAUUGAUUUAGUUUUCGUUGAUUUUUAAAUGCAAUAAAAUGCAAAUAAUAAUUUAAAUGCAAAUAAAAAAAGAAAAGAAAAUGACACUGAU